AUCCAAUAGAUAGCCAAACAUCGCCUAAACCUCGGUGCUCUGGACUCCCCUAGAUUACACCAGCUUCACUGGCUCUUCGGCCGGUGAUGGCCGCCGCCACCGCUGUUAGAUCUAUUCUCCGGUCUACCACCGUUCGAAGCGCAUCGAUGAGGUUCGCGUCUAAGAACUGCAGUGCCCGUUCUCCUCGUCUGCUUCCCAAGCUUGGCCCCGCCGUUCCUCGAUUCCUAAGGUCUUCGAUGGUGACGUGCUUCUGUCUGGAGUCGCUUCACCCGAUGCACAGCGCGACAGCAUCAGCGCUGAUGACCUCUUUACUCUCUGUUUCCAUCCAGGGUAAUUGCUGCAUCUUGAAAGGACAAGAUGAUACUAGAUGAUGGUGAAGACUGAAAAGGAUUUUGCAGUGAUGAUGUGUAAUAUGCUGGCUGGAGUGCCAUGCAUUGUUUACUGCUUUGAGGAAAAUGUCAGCCAUGAUUCAGUCAUAUGCUGCUGAGGUUUUUUAAAUUUUCAAAUUUUUUAGGAGAUGAAAAUUUUACUGAUUCUCAUUUUCAAUGUUGAUGGUGCUUAGAAUCAUUUAUUAAGCAGGUGUUUUGGUGCCACUGCUUCAACCAAAUUGAACAUCUCCAAUGGAGUUUAGAUGAAUUGAUCAUUUGCUCGCUUUCUAUUAACUACUUGAAGAUAGAUGCUGUGACAUUUAUUUCAACAAACCAAAAAUUAUGUGAUUAUUUUAAAAAACAUUUUCAUGUUGAAUUCAAUGGUUAAUUUAACUUGAUUUAUUUCCUGUGUAAA